CUUUGGUUGUACCCCGACCCUCUUUCCUUUGUUUCCCUUUUGGACCUGUGAGCUCUCCCUCUCUCACACAACUCUCUCAUCUCUCUCCCUCACUUUCACUCUCUCUCAAAAACCAGCCCUCCUCGAGGGCACUACAAGCAACAACAACGACAACAUUUCCACCACCGCCCAAACCAAGAGCACCACGAGCUUUGUCUCAUCCUCACGAGCCUAGAACACCCAAACUCACCUCGAACUUCCCUUCCGGAUCGUCGGGAUCGAAACCAAGUCGGGCCGCUACCUUUCAGGCCAUUUUCCGACCAAACCACGGUGAGUUAGCUAUCGAGAAGGAUACCAUUCUCUUUGUCUCGUCGAGAAGUAUGAUUUUUGUUUUUGAAUCACUUAAUUUCGUUGAGUAUUGAAGAAGUUAUGAACUUUUAAAGUUUACCCAAUUUCCGACGAGCACGGCCACUUGUGAGGCAUUUUCUGACCAAUACACGGUGAGUUAGGCAUCGUGCAAGGUAUGUUUAUUAAUGGCAUUUCCAUCCACCCUUAUUUACACAGCUCUUCGCCAAUGAUGUAAGGUGGAAGGUAUUUAUAUUGGCUACGGUCUGGCGUUUGGUUGGUGCAUACGGACGGGAAAUAUUUAUAUUGGCUUCGGCUGGGCGUAGGUUAGUGGCUUCGGCCGGAAGAUAUUUAUAUUGGCUUCGACCGGGAGAUGUAGUGCCUACGCGCGAAUGAUCUACCUACUAGCGCGUGAUGUAGAACAUUCGGAUGAAUGAAGAAGUGUUCUAUAUGCCUUCGGACGAAUGAAAUAUUAUAUAUAUGUAUAUGCCUUAUAUAUAUACCACUGCUAAGCACAUUAUAUAUGAUAUAUAUGUUUUAUGAAAGGUUUUAUGGCAUGCUAGGAUUUCGGAAAAACCUAUUACUUAUUAUGCUAUACGAGUUUUCUAAACAUGAGGGUUAGUACAUUAAAGAUUAACUAUUUUAGUAUUAUCUAUGUAUCAACUUGGUCCACUCAAGUUUUGUUUUGCGCCUCCUCAGAACUUAUAAUCGAUACGUUGCGUCAAGGCAUUCCGGCAUCAACAUCUUGAGUCCUCUUGGUGUAGGACCUAUUCCCUUGUUCAUUCAAUUUUAUAUUAUUUCUUUUUGAUGUUCUAUAUUAGUUGUAUGCUCUGAACACGUUCCUCAUUUGCAUAUUAAUUAUAAUUAAAUUUACAAGUUUUAUUUAUGUUGGUUAUUUGUUUUAGUUCUCAUGCAUCCUAAUAUGGCUUCGUCACCUUCAGGUGUCGGCCAGCACGUGUCUACCCUGAUGUUUGAUGAAUAUCAGGGCGGGCGUGUCAUCAACUGUAGUGCAUUCUGUCUCUUUACUAAAUAAUAUCUAGAUAUUAUUACUUUUUUGUCAAUAAUCUACUUAUACCACAGAUAAAUUAUUUUUAGUUGCCUAUAUUAUAGAUAUUUUUUUGUUUAUAAUCUACCUCUCAUUAUUAGUUGUAUUCAAUACUAUCUUAAAUAAAUUUCGGUUAAAACAUUUUAUGGUCUUAUUAAUAUAGGUAUGUUACAAACUUAUAAUUAGACUCAAUUUAAAAAACAAAUUAGAUUUUUGGACUGAAUCGAUUCAAAACAAACUAUUUUUAAUUAGCAGACAACUAGAAAGUCCAAACUAUCCUUUUGAAGCUUAGCUAAAAUUAAUUUAGCUUCAAAAUAGGAAGGAUGAGAGAUUUUUUAGGGUGACGAGAACACGUCCGGUGUAGAGUGCAUCAAGUGUUAUAAUACAACUGGUUGAAAAUUUGAAAGAAAAAAAAAAUCUUCAACCAAUUGUAUUAUGACACUUGGUGUAUACGGCCGUGCUCGGGCAAACUGAAAAUUUCUCGAAGAAUGAUUGGAGAUGCUCGAAAGUGUUUAAAGAGUUCGUUCCCAGUCCUACUCCAAAAACUACAAACGAAAAAAAUAUAGUUGGAUUCUUUCUCUGCUGAUCCUUCGUCUACCUUUUCUGUUAUCAGACAUCAGAAGAACCAAGCCUAAACAUCCUCUCAUAGUCAUUGAGAUUCGUCCGAGGCACAAAACGCUCUCAAAGUCUGUACCAGUUGAAGCUAAAGAAGAUCCAGGUAUGGAAAUUUGUAGUUUUGUACUACGAGUUGGUGAGUUGUUAUGGACUCCAGCGAAGCGUAAUGUGGGUUACUUGGUGCAUUACAAGAGACACAUACAGUCUCUGGAAAAACUGAUAGAAAAGCUUGAGACCACGCAGAAUGAUUACCAGCAAAGUGUGGAUGCGGCGUUAAUGAAUGGAGACAAAGUUAAGUCCGAGGUUCAAAAAUGGCUCAAGGAUGUUGACAAGGCCAUAAACGAUGCCAAAAGACUGAAUAAUGAAGCCGGAGAAGACAAAACAUGCCUCGGAGGCUGCUGUCCGAAUUUGAAAUGGCGUUACGGUUUAAGCAAGAGAGCCGUUAAGGAGGCAGAAGAAAUGAACAAGCUUAAUGAAGAGAAAAGGUUUGAAACAGUUUCGCUUCAAGUUCACCUACCCGUUGAGUUUGAGACCAUGUCAACUGGAGAUUUCGAAGCAUUUGAAGCAACAAGGCAAGCCAUGGAUCAGGUCAUGAAGGCACUGAAAGACGAUAACGUCACUGUCAUUGCGGUCCAUGGAAUGGGAGGCAUAGGCAAGACGACCAUGGUGAAACAUGUCGGUGUGCAAGUGGGUAAAGGCAAGCUCUUUGAUCAUGUGAUUAUGGCUGUCGUUUCCCAAAACCCAAACCUGGUAAAGAUUCAACAACAGCUUGCAGAAAUGCUGGACUUGAAUUUGAAUCAGCAGACAGAAAUAGCCAGAGCAGCUAGAUUGAAGGAGAGAAUAAUGAGAGGAAAAAAGAUCCUUAUAAUUUUGGACGACAUUUGGAAGACAAUAGAUUUGUCUCUCAUAGGGAUCCCCGAUCACUACGAGCUCCAAAACUGCAAGGCCAAAGUUCUACUCACCACAAGGAUAAGGAAUGUAUGUCAUGCCAUGAAGAGCCAAGAAAAGAUUCAUCUCAAUAUCCUAUCAGAAGAAGAUUCUUGGGCCUUGUUUGUGAAAAAGGCAAACAGGUCUUUUGAAUCAACCAAUUUCUAUGACAUAGCGAGGAAGGUGGCUGGAGAAUGUGGUGGUCUCCCGAUUGCUUUGAUUGCAGUUGCAAGAGCACUCGGAGACAAGGACUUGGAAGAAUGGAGAGAAGCAGCUCGACGACUAGAGAUGUCCCAAACUACCAACCUUGAUGACGAGGGGGAUGUGUUCAGAUGUAUAAAGCUGAGCUACGAUUACUUGAAUGGCAAUGACGCCAAGUCAUUUUUCUUAUUUUGCUGCUUAUUCCCGGAGGACUCUGAUAUCCAAAUUGAAGACUUGCUGAAGUAUGGUAUUGGGAAAGGAUUGUUUCGAGAUGCCAACUCAAUGCAAGAAGCCAGAAGCACAGCACAUUCGGUGGCCAAGUACCUCAAAGCUUGUAGCUUGGUUUUGGAUGGUGAAGAAGACGGAUGUGUAAGAAUGCAUGAUGUGAUUCGGGACAUGGCAAUACUAAUUGCAUCAUCUGGGGAUGGCCAUGGAUUCUUCGUAAAAGCUGGCUGCGACUUAAAGGAUUGGCCAAAGAAUUCACUCGAAGACUACUCUGCAAUCUCCCUAAUGGGGAAUGAAAUCUGCAAUCUUCCUGACGAGUUGGUAUGUCCAAAACUCCAGAUUUUAUUACUACAGUCAAAUUUUGAAGUAGAGGAGAUCCCAGAAGAUUUUUUCCAAAGCCCAAAUGCAUUAAGGGUAUUCGACAUAAGUAGUACCCAAAUUUCUUCAUUACCCUCAUCAUUUAAUCUCUUAACCAAGCUCCAAGCGCUGCAUCUAGAUAAUUGUCAGACAAUAACGGAUGUAUCAAUUCUCGGAGAACUGAAAAAACUGGAGGUUCUUAGUAUGAGAGAAUCUGUUAUUGAGGAAUUGCCAGAAGAAUUUGGACAUUUGACCAAUUUAAGGAUGUUGGAUCUCACUUUGAGUGCCUACAUUGCAACAAUUCCAUCCAAUGUGAUAUCGCGGCUGUCCAAAUUAGAAGAACUAUACAUGCAACAGAGUUUUGCUGACUGGGGCAAGAAAGUUGAAGGAGAAGAUGACAAAACUAAUGCUAGUUUUGAUGAGCUAAUUAGCUUGUGUUACUUAAACAUUUUGAAGGUUGACAUUUCUGAUGCAGAAUGCCUUCCGAAAAAUGUAGGGUUCCUUCGAAACUGGGCAAAUUUUGAUAUAUGUAUCAGCAGAAACCAAUUUCAUCGGUCCAUAAAUGUGCAAUUAUCAAAAAAUACUAUUACUCCACAUUCAACUUCAAGAGCCUUGCUUCUGGACACAACAAUCAAUACGCUGCCAGAUUGGUUUAACAUCACAGUGACGGAGAGAGCGGAGAAAAUAAUCUACAUGGAGCCUAGAAGUUUAACUAACAUUCUUGUGGAGUACGAUCAUUGGAAGUCACAUGGACUAAAGUUUUUGCAUAUCCAAGCGUGCAGCGAGAUGGUAACUUUGAUGAACACAGUAACUAGGGUUCCAAAUAAGCCUGUGCUCGAGAGCUUGGAAGAGUUGCGUCUCUUCUUAUGGGACUGCUUGCAGCAGUUAUGUGUUGGUGAAUUACCGCAGGGGUCGCUUGGAAAUCUCAAGAUCUUGGGGGUGGAGCAGUGUGAUGGUGUGACGGAUGCACUUGUUCCAUCUAAUCUGUUGCGGAGACUACAAAAUCUUGAAGUACUUAUUGUAGGUGGAGCCGACAUGGUUUAUACAUUCAGAUCUCAAGGGCUUGAACAAGGAGAAACGGUCUUGACAAAAUUGAGAGAGAUGAAACUGGAGAAUCUACCAGAACUGACAAACAUAUGGAACGGUCCUGCUCAGCCUGCAAUGUUUCAUAAUCUUAAAACUUUGAUAAUUUCCAAGUGCAAGAAACUGAAAACUCUCUUCACAUUCGACAUAGCUCAAUGUCUGCUGCAAUUGGAAGAGCUUGGGUGGAGGAAUGCCAUAGCUUGGACAAACUUUUCGGCGUAAGUGAGGGAUUAAUAGUGCAGGAUGACGAGAUCAUUUUUCCACAACUGAAGAACUUAGCAUUGCAAAGUCUUUCAAAGCUGACAAGCGUACUCGCUGGAAGUGCUACACUUUUGUGCCCUUCGUUGGAAUACUUGCAUGUGCUGGAGUGCCCUGAGUUUUUAACCUCUACUUCUGACUUCCACAGCAAUAUGCAAGUCCAAGUAAACAAUGAGCAACAUUUCCUCUUCCUAAGGAAAAGGUUGUCGGAGCAGAGGUAAUUAAUUUUCCUGGAAGAAGAAGCUGAUGAACAAAGAAGCAAGAGGAAUUUCUCAAGGUUCACAAGAAGAAUAAUAUUCCUCACAUAUUUUCCUAUAUUUUUUUUAAUAGUACUCCAUUUUCGUUUCUACUCAAAUAGAAAAUACGAGAAAUUAUUGCCCGCACGUUGUUGCGGGAUUAAAAAAUGUAAAAAGGAUUAUGUUUGACAGAUAUAAAAAAUUGUGUCAUAAAAGAUUAAUACAAUUCAUUGCUAUAUUUAA